UACCUUUUCGCUUUGUGAACCCUUUGCGAACCGGAAACGUCCUCUCUGACACUAUGAGAGUGUAAUUAGACCCCACAGAAACCAAUUUGCUGCUGUUGAAGUUUUCCUUCCUCGCCACUCGCCAGCAGCAGCCGCCGCGAGAAGAUGCUUACGUCGAAAAUCAGUAAAGUGAGCAAGGUGGUAAUAUGCGGUGCAAAAGGAAUCGGCAAAACGGCAAUUCUGGAACAACUCAUCUACGGCAACAUUUCCAUCGGUUCGGAACUGCACAGCACGAUUGAGGACACGUACGUGGCUAGUAUCGACACCGGAAAGGGGAGCCGAGACAUGCUGCGCAUCUACGACACUGCGGGACUGCAGGGCAAUGUGCAACUUCCGCGACACUAUCUGCUUUAUCCGGACGCCUUCAUACUGGUCUAUGAUCCGAGCGAUUGCGCCAGCCUGGACAUGCUGGCCGGGAUCAAAAGUGAUAUCGAUAAGUACAAGGAAAAGAAAGAGAUGAUUAUUAUUGUGAUAGCAAACAUGCACGUUCGGCGCCAGCCACGGUCGGCCGGUACAUCUCCGAGCAGUAGUUCCCCCGGUGGUUUCGGGGCAGCGUCCAACGGGAAUCCUCACAGCAACGGUAGCCACCAAAUUAGCAACCAAACCGAUCUUACCGAAUCUAACCUCAACCGGGCCAACAACUGGUGCGCUCGCGAACGCAUCAAGCACUUCAUGGUCAACGCAAUGGAGCGGGCCUCCCUUUACGAACCGUUUGUUCAGCUCGCCAUCCGCUUGUAUCCCACCCAGACCAAGAGUUCUUUCCGGCAGCUGACCCAGAAAGCCUCCAAGGUGGACAACAGCUAGUGCAGCACAGCAUCUUAAGCAUGCAGCGGGCCGGAGCCAGCUCCGUUACCGGUCUGGCCUGGUCGGCUGUUGAGCAAAGUGAAACCAAAAAACAACCAACCAAGAAGAAUCCCGAACGCGAUGCAGAGCGUUUGUGUGUGGUAGCGCAAUGGGAGGUGUUCUCACUGGCCUCUGGCACACUAUCCAGCAUUUGUGAGCUUUUCCUCAUAGUAUUUAACGUAUCUUAGAGACAGUAUUCGGUAGCGAUGGUAUACCCAACCCGCGGGUGCAAUGCAUUGUGCUUAAUUGUUUAUUUUUAUUGUUUUACCCCAACGAAACGGCUCAGCCUCUUUAGUGGCAACGUACUUUAGUUCUUGUCUGUGACAACCCUUCGUUCGUAGCACUUAAACUGCAAUUUUCCUGAGCGAGCUCAGUCUGAUUCUAUAUAAAGGUGUGUAAAG